CAUAGUCACCGGGUCUGCAAGAACCGUACUCGGAUACCACACACUCCUUCCCCACAACCGUGACGGAACUAUGAAGAUCUUUUUGUCACUGCUCAGCCUAUUCGUUGCCAUUGCGGUUGCGGCAGCUGGCUACGGCUAUGGUGGGUACGGAGGAUAUGGCGGCUAUGGCCUCGGUGGUUACGGCGGCUAUGGUGGAUACGGCGGCUAUGGUGGUUAUGGAGGCUACGGUGGCUACGGUGGCUACGGGGGAUAUGGGGGCUACGGCGGCUAUGGCCUCGGCGGCUACGGUGGAUACGGCGGCUAUGGUGGUUACGGAGGCUACGGAGGCUACGGUGGCUAUGGAGGAUAUUGA